CGCGGCUCCUUUGUGCGGGGCGGCGCGGCGCGGCCGGGGCGAUGCUGUCGGGGGGGAAGAAGGCCGCGGAGGCGGCGGCGGGCGGCGAGGGCGGGCCUGAGGCGCCGGUGCCGCCGCCCGCCGCCGCGGGGGCCCUGGGCUCCUCUGCCGAGAGCGGCGGGUCUGCGGAGCGCACUCCCCGCAAGAAGGAGCCGCCGCGGGCCUCGCCGCCGGGCGGUCUGUCCGAGCCGCCGGCCGCCGGUGCCGCACCUGCACCCGGCGCCGAAACCACCGGCAUCGCCGAGACCCCCGAGGGUCGCAGGACCAGCCGCCGCAAGCGGGCCAAAGUGGAGUAUAGAGAGAUGGAUGAGAGUCUUGCAAACCUGUCAGAAGAUGAGUAUUACUCUGAAGAAGAGAGAAAUGCUAAAGCUGAGAAAGAGAAAAAAUUGCCACCACCACCUCCACCGGCUCCUGCAGAAGAAGAGAAUGAAAGCGAGCCAGAAGAGCCAUCUGGGCAAGCAGGAGGACUUCAAGACGACAAUUCUGGAGGGUAUGGAGACGGCCAAGCAUCAGGUGUGGAGGGUGCCGCUUUCCAGAGUAGACUUCCCCAUGACCGUAUGACAUCUCAAGAAGCUGCCUGCUUCCCUGAUAUAAUCAGUGGGCCACAGCAGACUCAGAAGGUGUUUCUGUACAUCAGGAACCGCACCCUGCAGCUCUGGUUGGAUAACCCAAAGAUUCAGUUGACAUUUGAGGCAACUAUCCAACAAUUAGAAGCACCUUACAAUAGUGAUACGGUGCUUGUUCACAGAGUACACAGCUAUCUGGAGCGGCAUGGUCUAAUCAACUUUGGUAUCUACAAAAGAGUGAAGCCCCUUCCAACCAAGAAGACUGGAAAGGUGAUCAUUAUCGGUUCUGGAGUCUCUGGUUUGGCAGCAGCUCGCCAGUUGCAGAGUUUUGGAAUGGAUGUCACAGUUCUGGAAGCCAGGGACCGAGUAGGAGGAAGAGUUGCUACCUUUCGCAAAGGGAACUACGUGGCUGAUCUAGGAGCAAUGGUGGUAACUGGACUUGGAGGAAAUCCCAUGGCUGUGGUCAGCAAACAAGUGAAUAUGGAAUUGGCUAAGAUCAAACAAAAAUGCCCACUUUAUGAAGCAAAUGGACAAGCUGUUCCAAAAGAGAAAGAUGAAAUGGUGGAGCAAGAAUUUAACCGUCUGCUGGAAGCCACAUCCUAUCUCAGUCAUCAGCUGGAUUUUAACGUUCUCAAUAAUAAGCCUGUCUCCCUAGGUCAGGCUCUGGAGGUUGUCAUACAGUUGCAGGAGAAGCAUGUGAAGGAUGAGCAGAUUGAACACUGGAAAAAAAUUGUGAAAACACAGGAGGAAUUGAAAGACCUUCUUAACAAGAUGGUGAAUUUAAAAGAGAAGAUUAAAGAACUUCAUCAACAAUAUAAGGAAGCAUCAGAAGUGAAGCCACCUCGGGAUAUUACGGCAGAGUUCCUUGUGAAAAGCAAACACAGAGAUCUGACUGCACUUUGCAAGGAGUAUGAUGAUUUGGCUGAAACACAAGGAAAGCUGGAAGAGAAGUUACAAGAACUUGAAGCCAAUCCACCAAGUGAUGUUUAUCUGUCAUCAAGAGACAGGCAAAUACUUGACUGGCAUUUUGCAAACCUAGAAUUUGCUAAUGCUACACCCCUAUCUACGCUGUCACUGAAGCACUGGGACCAGGAUGAUGACUUCGAAUUCACAGGCAGUCACUUGACUGUGAGGAAUGGGUAUUCCUGUGUGCCUGUAGCCUUGGCAGAAGGGUUGGAUAUUAAAUUAAACACAGCAGUUCGACAGGUUCGCUAUACAGCAUCAGGCUGUGAAGUGAUAGCUGUAAACACCCGAUCUACUAGCCAGACUUUCAUUUACAAAUGUGAUGCUGUGCUGUGCACUCUUCCCUUGGGCGUAUUGAAACAGCAGCCUCCAGCGGUACAGUUCGUGCCGCCUCUUCCCGAGUGGAAAACUUCUGCAGUGCAGCGUAUGGGGUUUGGCAACCUUAACAAGGUUGUGUUGUGUUUUGAUCGUGUCUUCUGGGAUCCAAGUGUCAAUUUGUUUGGUCAUGUUGGUAGCACUACUGCAAGCAGAGGAGAACUUUUCUUGUUUUGGAACCUGUACAAAGCACCAAUUCUGUUGGCCUUGGUAGCAGGAGAGGCAGCAGGGAUCAUGGAAAAUAUCAGUGAUGAUGUCAUUGUGGGACGGUGCCUCGCCAUCCUCAAAGGCAUAUUUGGUAGCAGCGCUGUGCCACAGCCUAAAGAAACUGUGGUGUCCCGCUGGCGUGCUGACCCGUGGGCCCGAGGAUCAUACUCCUAUGUAGCAGCUGGAUCUUCUGGAAAUGACUAUGACUUGAUGGCUCAGCCGAUUACUCCAGGGCCAGCCAUUCCGGGGGCUCCUCAGCCUAUUCCUCGCCUGUUUUUCGCAGGAGAACACACAAUUCGCAACUACCCUGCAACUGUUCAUGGCGCUUUACUGAGCGGGCUGAGAGAGGCCGGUCGCAUCGCAGACCAGUUCCUUGGGGCCAUGUAUACUUUGCCUCGCCAGCCAACGCCUGGGGUCCCCCCACAACAAGCUACCAGCAUGUAAGAAAAGUAGAAGGGACCAGAAGAGGAGUGACAAGACCGUGGUGCUGCUGUUGUGGAUCCUGGGAUGAAGAUACUCACCUCGUCUGUAACAGCAUCUGCUGAAAGGACUCAGCCCUGAGUUGCUGUAGAAUACUUCUGUUAGGAUGGCCUUACAAAAACUGACCUAACCUUUGCCUUGGCAUCCUUUUACAAAAUCUGUUAUAGCUAUUUGAAGUGUCAGCGUACACAAACCUUUAAUACCAAGCUGGUCAGGGAUUUUUUUGACUCUGCAAAUAGCUUUUUGAAAAUCAAGCUUAUAGCUAGAGGUUUUUUCGUUGUUUUUUUUUUCUACCUAUACAUGUAUUUACAAUUCGGUAAUUGCACAACACCCUCUAGAAGCUGGUUACUAUGAAUAGUAGCUUAGUGUAGAAUUUAUGUAAAUUUCUUUGUUGCUGGCUUUUUUAUUGUUUUGUUUUGAAGAAUAAUAUUUUUUGACCAAUCCUGUUCUUAUCUGGCAUUCUGGAAUUUGCUGCAACUGUUGUCCUACCAGUAACAGCAAAUCACCCCCCUCCAUAACGGUCAGUUGGCUGCUACACCAUAUGCAUCCUGUUUUAGAAAGAAAGCUGAUCUCGCUAAAGGCGUGCUAAGCAUACCAUUUUAUUAAAUACUUUCAACAAAAACCCCAUCAGAAUGAGGUAUUUCUAAGUUAAAAAUUAGAAAAAUUAUUUGUAUAUGUUUAUAUAGAAACAAAGUGGCCUAGGCAGUAAGUUAGCUGAAGGACCUAAUCUCUUGACUUCUGCACACCGCGUGUAGGCACUCUUGUGUACCCGUUGGUUUAGUUUCUGCUGGGUGGUGAGGUGAUGUUGCAGCAGACAUUGUUAACGGUUCUGAAGAAAACUCUGGUUUGGCUGCUUUUCCAAAUAUUUUCCUUUUUAUUAAUUCAGCGCACAGAGCCUUCCUUUCAUUGCAUAGAGCAGUCUUAUUUAAACAUUUAGGUCCUUUUUCCCUCUCUUCCUUUCCCCAUUUGGCAUUAGACUUCUCUUCUUCCAACUUUUCUUAUCCUCUUCUCUCUGCAGUUUAUUUCAUCUAGCCAUGGUCUCUGUUCACAGUUUUGUCUACUUUUCAGUUUUUCUGUUCUCAUUCUCUCUGACCCCAUGUCUGUACACGUGCAGUCCGUUCCAUCUUCCUUCUGUCCUUGCACCUUCUGUUCUGCUGGAGGACCAGCACCUCCUCUUGUUCCAUGCUCAUCCCCCUACAAUUACGUUGCCCACACUUCUUCCUGAAGAAGGUACACACACAAACAUGACUGCAGCCCCUACUUGUCUGUAGCUGUAUUGUCUUUGGCCACAGACUCUUCAUCUCCUAGCAUGAUUGCUUCCGCUGUUUUCUUGUGUCUCCUUAGUAGCUGGAGAUCGUUCUUCCUCUGUCUGUUACCUCCUGGUUGCUUUCUCAUUAGAUGGUGCAGUCUGUGAGGGGGUGUCUCCGUAGGCAGUCCUUCUGACAGGCUGUGAGAAAGGGGAGGACUUUGAUGUGGCAGCGGCGAUAGUCUGUGAGGGGGCACAGGCUUGAGGUGUCGAGGACUGAGCCUGUUUGAAGUGGUUUUGGGGCCAUGGGGGACCCUCUGUCCCAAACCUCUGUCUAAUUUAGUGCUGCCUUCCCCGUAUCUCUGACUUCACCAGUGUUGUUGCUACUUGAGCCCUUUAUUGAAAGGGAUAUUCUCGGCAACACUACUCAUCCUCACUUUCCUUGCCAGGGGACAAGACAGACUUACUGAUGGUUGGUCAGGAAACGGCCACUGAAGUGGUGCAGGAAUUGCAAGUCCAGCAGGGCGUGGAGGAGGGGUGUCUAGGAGGUGACUAGGAGUAAACAGAGAGUAACUUGGGACUCAAGACUCCCUGCCUUAUGUUCAGGUAAAAGUCUAUCAGCUCUACUACCCAGAGAAAUUGUGCUCCAGGACGAGAGGCAUGACAGGCCUUCAAAAAAGCCACCAAGAGCUGAUCUAGUCUCUUGGCUGGUCUGACUGAGGAUGGGAGAAUGAUCGGAGAAUUGGGAUGCUCUGUUCUGUGACCAGGCUUCUAGCAUCUGCGGGUGCUCUGUGUCUGUGGGGUGCUUUGCUGUUGGUAUUAGUGAUGUGCUGUUUCACCGUGGGGACUUGUCAUCCCACUUGCUUUAGUGAAGUGUCAAAAACUCAGAAAAGUACUUCUGGCCCACUGGGAAAUAAAGUUAGUCCUCAGCUUGA